AUAGCAUUCCACUACACAAUCAUUUACAACUUCUUUUAUAUAUUCACAUAAAGCCUAAAGUCCUAAAGAACUAUAUCUUGUAUCAAAAUGGAGGGUAGUUUGUUUAAGGUUGUGUUUCUUUUGCUUGUUUUAGGUCUUGUGAACACACUAGUGAAUGGCCAAGGGACACGAGUAGGAUUCUAUUCGAGUACAUGUUCGCAAGCUGAAUCCAUUGUUAAGUCGACAGUUGCAGGUCAUGUUAACUCUGAUUCUACUUUGGCUCCUGGCUUACUUAGGAUGCAUUUUCACGAUUGCUUUGUCCAAGGUUGUGAUGCAUCGGUUCUCAUUUCCGGCUCAGGUACCGAAAAAACUGCAUUUGCAAACCUUAAUUUAAGAGGUUAUGAAGUUAUUGAUGAUGCAAAGACAAAACUCGAGGCUGCAUGUCCUGGUGUUGUCUCUUGUGCUGAUAUUCUUGCCCUUGCUGCUCGUGAUUCCGUUGUUUUGAGUGGUGGACUGAGUUGGCAAGUGCCUACUGGACGUAGAGACGGACGUGUGUCACAGGCUUCAGAUGCAAAUAAUUUGCCUCGUCCUAGUGAUUCUGUUGAUGUGCAAAAACAAAAAUUUACAGCAAAGGGUCUUAACACUCAAGACCUUGUCACCUUAGUUGGUGGACAUACAAUUGGUACUACUGCAUGUCAAUUCUUCAGUAACAGAUUGUACAACUUCACUACAAAUGGUGCUGCUGACCCUUCAAUUGAUCCUACAUUUCUUUCACAAUUACAAACACUAUGCCCUCAAAACAGUGGUGCUACAAACAGAGUUGCAUUUGAUACUGGAAGUCAAAACAAAUUUGAUAAUUCUUACUAUGCUAAUUUGCGUAACGGGCGUGGAGUUCUUCAAUCUGAUCAAGCAUUGUGGAAUGAUGCUUCCACAAAGAUCUUUGUGCAAAGAUACUUAGGUUUAAGAGGGUUGCUUGGAUUAACAUUUAAUGUUGAAUUUGGAAGAUCCAUGGUGAAGAUGAGCAACAUUGAAGUGAAGACUGGUACUGCUGGUGAAAUCCGCAAGAUAUGUUCCGCUUUCAACUAAUUUAAGCAUAAACGGUUUUUUGUUGUUGUUGUUUACAAUGGAGCUAAGGAUCAAACCUAGAAACUCUAGCAUACUAUUCAAAUCUUUCACCACUAAACCAAACAUAGUGGCAUGAACGAUUUUGUUGAUUAUAGUUUGUACGUGUUGGCAUGUUAAUUUGCCAUUGAAGUGUAUAAUAUUUACUUUAGUUUUUUUUGCUUUCUUUUUGGUCUCCUUGUUGAUUUCGAAAUAUGUUUGGAAGUGUAAAAGUAUUAAAGGAAAAUGUGACAUAUAUAUGUCAAUGGAGUUUUCUUAAUUACAUUGGACAA